AUGGGCAUAUCACUCGAGGACCUUGCCCCUGAUGUUCCCAUCGUCAGUAUCAAGGUCUCAGAAAGCUUCAACUAUGGACCGACUGUUCUUCAGCCGACUCUUCAAGAGUAUGACGAAACUUCCAAGAAUGGUGGUUACUCAGACGUCACUGAUGAGAAUGGCACUGGUCUCAAGAUACCUCCCCCUCCUCCCCUAGAUGUCUUGGAAAAAUUCACCGGCACCUUUAAGGGCUUUGGCUUCAACACCAUCUUCAGGCCAUUAAGCCGAAAUCCAAAGACUAUAACCCAAUUCCCUAAGACUCCAACCGACUCAAGCACCAGCAAUCUCCUGCAACUCAAUCUAACUGGUGAAACUCAAGUGUUCGGCGAGCUACUUGAGCAUGUACCCAAUCGUGGUUUGUUUGAUCAGGCCGAUAUUGACCUCAUUGGUCUGCCAUACACGCAGUCUAUUGUCGAUGCAAUGCCGAAUCCAGAUGGGACAGUCCCUGAAAAGCCACCUAACAUCCACUUCGAGCCUGGACUCUGGAUGCGCGUGCCUCAGGUAGAGGACAUGCCGGAACUUGCAGCCUCUUUCUGCCGCAUGGGUUCCAUUCCGCAUGGGACAACUAUCAAUGCUCAAGGGUUUCGGCAUGCCAUCACUUCCAAAGGUGCCCCCGAUAUUGAUCCCACCGAUAUCACACCACUCCUGAUCGAGCAAGUUGGAAUUCCUCCCAUCAACGAGCCUCACAAAACUGCGACUGAACUGGAAAAGAAACGAUUCGACAACCAGGACGCCGACAAGGACACUACUCGUCGCCUUCCACAAGACCUAAGCCCAUUCAUUGCCAAUGGAACUAUCACACAGAAGAUCAUCGAUGAUCCAAACACUAUCCUGAGACAGGCCAAUGAGGGCAAGAAUAUUAUCGAGAACGCCAUGUUUAUCGUUUCGACUAAUGCUCCGCCUGGUGCCUUUGGCGGUGGAACAUCAAAUAUUGGUUUCAAUAUCGGCUCUGAUGAGGGCAAAAAGACAGGCGCUUCGCGCGAGAAGAAAAGCGGCAAUGCUAACGCUGUCGACGUGACGGCUCAGUACUGGGUCUCCAAGAUCCGUGCUGAAGUUUCUCCUGCUUCUCAAGGCCCUAGAGAUGCCGUGCCGGAGUUCUACAUCGACAAUGAGGUUGAGAUUCCGUCAUGCAAGAAGACUGUCACUGUCGCGUAUACCCAGAUUCAGUACUCUCAAAUGGUCAUGCUUGAUUUCAAUGGAAUCAAAUGGCCUCAUGUUACUGUUGCAACCCUUGCUCCGAUUAUAGACCGUAAAAAGCCAACACUUUCUUCUGCCAUGGACUUUAGUGGGUACAUGAACCUUUCGAGCAUUGGAUAUCGGAAUCUUCCCGUCGGCGCUGACUUCAUAGUAACCCACCACGCAACAUCUUACGACUAUAUCUCACCUUUGAAACUGGACCUCACCGGUCAGCAUGUCCUCAUCACUGGUGCAGCACAUGAAGAGGGAGUGGGAUUUGCUACUGCUAGAGCUUUUGCACGUGCUGGAGCAUCUUUCAUAGCGUGUUGUGAUAUACACGGCAUAUCUGAUAACAUCAUUACGAAGUUGAAGUCAGCCGCGAGCCUUGCCAAUCGCAAAGAACCUCUGGUGCUGGGCUACAAAGUUGACAUUGCAAGCCAAGAAAGUGUCAAAGUAAUGUAUGAGUCCAUAGUCGAACAGUUCAACGGACGAUUGGACAUUCUUGUCAAUAACGCGGCACAUAUGGAACCAUACAAGCCUUUCCUUGAGUCCGAUCCAGACACCUACUGGCGAACAUGGGAGGUAAACAUCCAUGGCCUUUUCAACAUGGCCCGUGUAUUCCUCCCGCUUCAGAUAUCAAGCCAUUCAGAGUCUAAUGGCUCUUGCAUCAUGAUCAACGUAUCGUCAUCAGGCGCUUUGAGCGUUCGUCCUGGAAGUGGAAGUUAUCGAACCUCCAAACUUGCAGUGCUACGAUGGACUGAGUCGCUGCAAGUUGAGUAUGGCGAGCAAGGUCUUUUGGCGUUUUGUGUGAACCCUGGAGCGAUCAAAACAAAGAUCACUGAAGGAGCGCCUGAAGCAGUUAGGAAUGCACUUCCCCAUCGACCAGAUAUCGCUGGUGAUACAAUUGCUUGGUUGGCUUCUGAGCGCAGGGAGUGGCUUGGUGGACGAUAUAUGAGUUGCCCGUGGGAUAUGGAGGAGCUGAUUGCCAAGAAGGAUGAGAUUGUUAAAGAGGAUAAACUUAAGUUGAGAAUGGUUGUUUAAGCUUGUGUUUACGAGGUCCAAGCAAAGUGCAUGCAAUUUGCUAAAGUCUAUGGAUGGUAGACGAGAAGAUGUAAUAAAUGUUAUAGGAAGUGCAUACAGCCCAAGUCUUUUAGAUUAUACGUUACGUAGGAAAAUAACUAAGUUUUAUAUGCUG